AUGCUGUUCAAACAUUUUUCUUUUCCGAAGCCACCCACAGCGUAAAUGAACCUGUCGACAACAGCAACGCCAGAUAAAGACCUUUCCUGGUUCAGAGGAGCAACGUACUGCCAUUCAGGACUAGCACCUCCAGGAUCCAGCCGCUCCACACUCACCUCGUUUGAUCCACCCACUAUUCCUCUCUAAAGGGGCAAAAUUGGACAAUUAUAAAACUGGGGAACUUCUCCUGUUGGGGCUUGUGUGUAUGGAUUAAUUUUCUGAGAAAUGAUCAUUGUUAAACUUCACCAGACCGACGUAAAUCACUUCAUCUACUGCACCAAACGCUCGAGUCCUUCUGCCUUGCACCUUCGGAUGUUCAAGUGCAGACAAUUGAAGAAUCACGUCAUCCUUAGCUCGGUCGACCAGAUUGCGGCAGGUGGCGUCAGCCAUCACGAGCGCAUUCUUACUUACUGCGUUGAUAAGAAACUCCGGCCGACAAAGAGGAAAUCGUACGCACUCCAACAGCUUCGGGAGCAAUUGCUUCCGAGAUGA